AUGACGUUUGGGAAUCAGUUCUCGUUUAAGCUCAGCCGAGGAAGCAGUUCGCCGUCGGACGAAAGUAGAGAGGAAGAGAAAGAGAAAGAGGAAUCAAGCUUGAAGACAAUAAAGGAAGAAGCGAACGAUAAUUUGGAAGAGGUUGAAAAAAGCGAGGAAAAGAAGAAAAGCAAGAAGAGCAAAAGCAAGAAGAAGAAAGCAAAGAAGAAGGAGCCAGAAAAGAAUGAUGGAAGCACGGCAUUUUCAUCGUUGAAAGCCCCAUCUCUUGCACAUCCGUACAGCAAGCUUUUAUGGAAGAUCAACAAGUUCAAGAGUGAAGAGGUGGAAAAACAGUCGAUGCUGAUACAGGAGAGCCACAACAAGCUGUGCCACUCAAACACAGAGGGGACUACGAGGCACGGGUUUAGGAAAAACAACGUGAAACCGAAGAUAGACAAGCAGGGAAGGCCUCUUGAGUUCAAGUUUGUCGACUGCAUAGGGUUUAACGGCAAGAGUGAGGAUGGCAGUGAGAAAAAGCCAAAGAAGGAAGGGUACAGGCAGAAGUUGAGGGAGAAGCGGAAAAAGAAGAGGGAGGAGGAGAAAGAGAGAAGAGAAGAAAGAAAGGAGGAAAAGGAGAAGGAGAAGGAGAGGAAGGAGAGAGAGAAAGAAAAGGAGAGAGAGAAAGAGGAAGGAAACCAAGAGAAUCAGACGGAUCAAAUAGGAAGCACCAAGUCGUCGCAGAGCAAUUUUUCAAAGGUGGAGAGAGAGGAAGCGGGAUCGACGAAAGGCGACGCAUCGACAACCAGCACAAAGGGUGAGGACAGCCACCAUUUCUCGUACUUGAUGGACAAGAAGUCGUCAAUCAGGGUUACCCGGCUCUUCAAAAGCAGGAAUAUCUUGAAAAGAAGGCACGAGAAUGACGCAUCCGGCGAACCGGAUCUUGGCCAGCAGCUUUUCAUGCCGGAAAACGAUUUGGAAGCACAAAAUAGGGAUGCAGUAGCUGUUGUGGACAUGCGAAGUCCGUCGGAUCGGAUCUCGGAAGACUCAUCGAGGAAGAUAUCGUUUGAAUCAUCUUCAUCGUCCGUUUCUCCGCCUUCUCCGACCGCGUUGCCGGGCAAACAACCAAAGAGAUCGGUCUUGAGACAGCUCUACUUGCGCCGGGGCCACCACGGUAAAGGUGCACGGAUGUUGGGCGGGGGCAGCCGGAAGCGGUCCGGGUCGAUCGACGCAGAUUCGUCGCCGACGAACUCCGACGGCACACAGCAGACCAUCACGUCUUCUGCCGCGUCGUCGGGCGUUUUUUCGACCGGGGUGCUGCCGACGCCCAUCACGCCGAUCGUCUCGUCGGCGUCGUCGGCCCCGUCGCUGGGCGAGGCUGUGCACGGCUCGGGGGUGCAUGCUAUAGGGAGGCAGAAGCAGGUUCAGCAGAUGCAGUUACAGAUGCAGAUGCAGAUGCAAAUGCAAAUGCAGAUGCAGCAAAUGCAGCAGGUGCAAAUGCAAACACAGCAAAUGCAACAACAACAAUUCAUCAAUGACGAGGAUGAAUCGCUGGAUGUAUGCUUGGUCAACACAGCCGGAACUAGGAGGAUGAAGCGGCUGAGACGAUCGAGCUCGAUUGCGUCGAUGACGUCGACGGCGUCGGCAUCGCAGUUCCCGCCGGCAAGUCCGAUGGCUUCCGCGUCGGCGUCUGCGUCGCUCGCGGUCGGUGGAAGUGGCCGAAGCAGCUUGGAGAGAUCAAGAAGCCACAUUCAAAAUUCGGCGGUUUUCGGCAAGACCCGGGCGGUGCAGCACCAUCCGUACACCGGAGACAUGCCGAACCAGACGAGGAUAUUGGAGUCGCAGCGUCGCCAGCAUUAUGUGCAGAUGCAGUUGGGUGAGCUUCAACGGGCAUUUCAAGAUUCUGGUCGUGGUAUGUCGACUAGUGGGAUAUCUAUGGAAGGUAUGGGAAUAUCUACAGAGCCUACAGGAAUAUCUACGGAAAUAUCUUCAAAUGCAUUACCAUCUGCAAAUGUGUUAGCAUCUUCAAAUACAUUACCAUCUACAGAAAUAUCUUCAAAUGCAUUACCAUCUACAAAUGCAUUAGCAUCUUCAAAUGCAUUACCAACCUCAAACACACUACCAUCUACGGAUAAUCUUUCCUCCAUAGAAGCAUCGUCUUCUGCCCCGGGUAUGCAAUCCUUUACUCCGGGAAUACUCUCUUCCUCCUCCACCACGGCACUCAUGCCCGCCGCCCCGGGCAUUCCUCAUGGCGGCCUGGUGCGCCACCCCGGCCUCCCGGUGCCAUAUAUCCUCGAUGAUGACCAGCUACGCCAGCUGGAAAAAAUUCAGCAGCGGCUGCAGGAAAAAACACCGGGCCGGCCCCUGGUGGAUUUCGCGAUGGAAUCGGCAGACACGAAUUUUUCUGGGGGGGCCCAGUUCCGGUGCACGGAUGUGCCUGCACUUAACGGUUCCGGCAAACGCGACAUAGGUGCAGAGUUGGACAGUUUGAUGAUAUCCGACUCGCUCAAUGAUGUGCUGGAUAUGGACUUUGGCCAGCCGGAGUUGGAUAUGCAGCAGAAAGGUGGGAAUGUGCCGUCUAAAGUAUCUCAUAAUGAAAUGCAGUCAUCUGAAAUGCAGUCAUCUGAGAUGCGAACAUCUGAAAUGCAGCCACCCGACUUCUCCCAGCAAAUGUCAUCCAAUGACUUUUCUCCAUCUCAAUCGCAAGAUCAUCACAUGCUUCAAAAAGCAGGCCAUGCAUCCACAAAUGACUAUUUUGGGCCGCCAGAACCGUUGCAACAACGACAAUUAGAGCAACUGGAACCGUUGGAACCGUUGGAACCGUUGGAACCGUUGGAACCGUUGGAACCGUUGGAACCGUUGGAACCGUUGGAACCGUUGGAACAGUUGGAACGACUGGAACCCCUGGAACCCCUGGAGCCAGAGUUUGAUUUCAUGUUUGCCGAUGCCACUAACGAAAAUAUUCAGCCGUCAGCAUGA